AAAUAAAAGUGGCAUCAAUGCAUUCCGUCUGGAAUACUCUAGGAACUGCAUAUUGCUAGCAUGUUUGAGAAGCAAUAAAAGAAAUAAAAAAAAAAAACCCUUCUCUCAACUCUCCUAGAAGCUCUUAGAGAAAUCUCUUCAACUGUACAAGCUUUACCCAUCUACCAUCUUAAGUUCCCUCUCUCUCCUCUCUCUCUCUUUCAUCGGCAAACAACAUAAGGCAUUUGCUCUCUUUCUCUUUCCAGUUUCUUGAACCCGUGCAAUGGCUUUGGCUCGUUUAGCUUUUAAGAACAUGGGACAGAGAGUGGCCUCCCCUUCAUGUUAUUCACUAGCUUCUCAAAGUUUGGUCAUUAGGAGUCUCGACACCGCGCAGAAACAGAGGUGGGGCUCCGAUCCUCCGCAUGGGUUCUCCGCAUCGUCCGGUGAUCAUCACGAGAAAUCGGACGGCGGAGAGGUGGCUGUAUCCGAUGAGGGUGAUAAGAAGUUCAAGCUGUUUCCAAGAAAGCAACGCAAGAGGGGCCUCUGGAAGAGAAACGACGACCGCAACUUUGGGUUAGGAAACGCGUUGGUGCAAGCAACAGAGAACAUCAACAAGCUGUUGGAGAAUUUUUCACCGUCGAGGCUAAUAGGCCGAUUCAAAGAGCAUGACGAAUGCUACAAGCUAAGGUACUUGAUGCCAGGGUUGGGGAAAGAGGAUGUGAAGAUAACAGUUGAGGACGGGGUUCUGAGAAUAAGAGGAGAGCACAAGGAAGUGGAUGAAGAGGAGUCCGAUGAUGAGCUCUUCUCGGCUAUGAGGUACGGGUACUAUGAUUUUACGGCUGUUUUACCCGAGGAUGCCAAGCCUGAUGAAAUCAAGGCGGAGAUGAAGGAUGGGGUGCUGACUAUUAUCAUUCCUCGAGCUGAAACACCAAAGAAGGAUGUUAAGGAAGUUCAGAUUGAUUGAUGUUUUGGUGUUUGUGUUUGUGGUUUUGGUUUUGUUGUGCUGUUUUAAUGGAGUAUGUGUUUUGUAUGCUGUGGGGACUCAAUAAUUGUGGUUAUUUUCGUCUAACGGAUGACAACUUGUUGCCGCUCUUAAUCUAUGCUUUUUCUACA